GCCGACAUCCAGACUAUUGCAGUUCACCAGCCACGGAAAAAUACAACCAUGUCACUCUUCAGAUCCAAGCGCCUGGACCUUAGCGGGUUUAUCAACGCCCGUGUUAUCCGUGACCACACCAAGCGGAAGGUUUUCGAGCAGCACGAGCCUGAACGCCAAGCUCUCCGCUACAUAAUCCGCAACACCUCUCUCCCACAGCGUACUCGUGCCCAGGCCCAAUUGCAGCUUUCCCAGAUGCACGCCUACACCCGGCCCACUCAGAUUAAGAACCGCUGUGUGGCGGGUGGUAUUGCUCGAAGUGUGAUUCGCGACUUCAGAAUUGCCAGAUACCAAUUCCGUCAACAGGCACUGGCUGGUGAACUACCCGGUGUGAAGAAGGCCAGUUGGUAGUGUGUCCAUAUACCGCGGAUUGUUUUUAUUAUAUUCAUGGCUACUGGGUCAGCCGGUUUGCACGAGGGCGUUUAAUUCGAUACCUUUUUUGAGAAAGAUGUACAAUAUAUCAACUGCCGGGUUUCAAUAGACGAUACGUGUUGGCUUUUCUUCGCUGAUUACGACUUCUUUGUUUAUAUCAAGCGCUCGCUACCGUCCCCUACGCCUGGCAAGAAUGGGGUAUACUAUAACUGGUCGAAUCUAUAUGUUUCCCACCAGAUUAUAGGUCUUGACUUUAUCAUUCAUGAACAAGUGCUAUAUUAGGCUGUACACGGACAAAACCAGCACCAUCAGGUAACCCACUUUAACUCUAGUCUUAUAUUCAUUAGCGAAUAUACUUGUUGUUCCUGGUCUUUUCCUUCAUGCCAUAGUCCCAUGGACAAAGAUUCACCUUAAGAGGUGAAUGGAUGUAUGUCUCUAGUUGUCAACAGUACGCUUUCACAAUAACAGUAUACAUGCUUUGCUAAGAUCUCGGUCCAACCUGUUCUUGAAUGAUAGUCUUU